CCCAGUCCGGAUUCGUUCCUGUGCAAACCGUGGUCUACUUACAUCGAUGCAGCAGAAGUACACUGCCCUGACAAUAUGCACUCGUUUGGACAGUAUCCAGCACAUGAGGAUUUCUGUCUUGUUGUAUGCAAUACCUGCAAUCAAGUCGUCAAACCUCAGGGCUUCCAGACACACUGCGGUAGCUGGGGAGUAGUUGCACAGUGAGUAGAGAGGACAGCUCCCUCCCCCCUCCCAAAGCCAUGCAUAGCAGGAACCAGAAGAGGCACGGGUCCCCCUGUGACUCCAGAUCUCCUGUGGUCCAGAUGAGGAACAAGGUCUCGCUUGCCCACAGCACCAUCAGCACUCCCCUCUCCAAGCCGUUCAGAGUGCCCCGAGACAACGGCCACAGUCCCUUCGGCAGGGCGCCGCACGCCGUCUACCCCCCCAAAGGGGCCCGGGGGAAGCCGUGCGUCUCGGUCCCCGUGGUCAGCCUGGAGAAGAUGCCAGCUCUGGGGAGAACAGAGGGGGCCAACAUGAGGGUCAACUGCACCUCCGCCACUUCCUCCUCUUUCUCCUCCUCUCCAGCCGCCCUGGCCAAAUCUUCCCACAAGUCCCACGAGCGGAUUCCGAACGGCACGGGACCCAGCACGCCCCCCUCUCCCCAGGACAGGCGCCCCAGUGCUUCUCCCUCUCCCCUGGACAGGCGACCGUCCUCCUCCCCUUCCCCCUCCCCUUCCUCGCGGGCCAGUGCCCCGCCCUCUCCGCUAGACAGAAAGCACCAGAACGGCACAAAGGGCAGCAAGUCAUAUAAGAGGCUGUCAGGAAGGGUGUUUGAUCCCAACAAGCACUGCGGAGUCGUGGACCCAGAGAGCAGGAGGCCCUGCACGCGGUCUCUGACCUGCAAGACUCACUCUCUGACCCAUCGGCGGGCUGUUCCGGGGAGGAGGAAGCAGUUUGACUCCCUGCUGGCGGAGCACAAAGGGCGAGCCAAGGAGAAGGAGAGGGAGAAAGAGGCGCGGCAAAUCCGCGAGCAGCAGGGAGGCCGGGACCCCCACCACAGCCGCCCCGCCCCAUCACAUGACCCCGCCAACGGUGUGGCCGCUGGCUGCCACAACGGCAAGACCACGUCUCCACUGAAAAGCAGGCUUGCCAACACAUACAUACCCAGGCCCCCUGGUGGUGGGGGUCAGCGCUCCUGUCCUGGACCUGCUCCUGACAUCACACCGCUCUUCCUGGGGGCGGAGGGGGGUGGCCGGCUGUCCAGUGACGAGGGCGAGGCCGAGGUCCCGGAGGAGUCCGAGAGACCGGACUGCCACUGUUCCCCGCACCACCCCCGGCCUCUGGGAUGCUGCGUCUUCGGCAGCCGGCUGAUGGGGAGGGGUCACUACGUGUUCGACAGGCGGUGGGACCGGAUGCGGCUGGCACUGCACUGCAUGGUGGAGAAGCACGUCACCGCUCAGUUGUGGAGGAAGAUCCCACUGGCAGCUGAAAGCCCUGCCCCCUCGCCUGGGAUGACCCCUGACCUGCAGCCCUUCAGUGUCCCCAGCUCCAUCUACCUGUCUCAGUCCCCCACCAGUGCCUAUGUGAUGACCCCGCCUCUCCUCUCCUCCCCGACCUUCGCCACCCGGUCUGACGGCGUGUCAGUGGUGUCCUACUCUACUGGCUUUCCCAGCAGCGGCGGUGGCGUGUUCAGCAUCGUGGACACCUCCCUCAUGACCCCAGUCCCCGCCCUGUCGCCCGUUUCGUCCCAGGGCAAGCGGCCCCGGGCCAAACCCAGCAAGCCCCCGAAGGUUCGGGAGCAAGCCUCGGGGACGCCGGGCGGGGCGGUGGGCGGAGCGGCAGGGGGAAAGAAGAGGAAGCCCCCUCUCUCCUCCUUUACCUCCUAUACGGCGCCCCACAGGGGGAACUCCACCAGCACCACACCCCCCCUCACCUCCCACCUAGCUGGCCCCGCCUUCAGCAGCAACGGGACGUCCCCUCUCUGUGCCAAAACCGAGCCCUCAGGACGCAUAGUGUUAGGACCCGCCGACGCCGCCAGAUAUGCGCGCGCAGACUUGACCGUGGCCCACCCCCUCCCGGGCGACCACGCCCUGUCCGUCCACAGCCCCCUCCCCUUCUCCCAGGUGGACGGGAAGAAGCGCAAGAGCUCCAACCCCAACGGCAAACCCAGCAAAUCGACCAAAGCGUCCGGACUGAGCAGCAUCUACAGGAAGGGCGGUGCAGGGUCCGAGUCUUCACACACCCCCCUCCCCCGGCAGCCCAUGGUACAUCACUGAGGGCGUCCUGCAGGUGGCGCCGAGCGCAGGGCGGUCCAGGCGGUCCAGUCGGCCCAGCCUCUCCGCAUCACCGCGAGCGUGUGCGCGAAGACCCGGCGUCACGGCUCCGCCCCCCUCUCUGUCGCCACAGGCUCCGCCCGUCUUCAGCACAUACCACAGAACUCGUCCGGAGUCCGGUCCGCCAGCAACGAUGACGUCGCUCCCGGAGUGUCAUUUACACUGUACUUUGCCUGAGGCCUGGGGUCUCCUGACAGGGCGGGCUGUGUCUCCGCUGGAUUUGAACCACACUGGGUGUGCACUCGUUACCAGCGCUCGUCCUUCACCUCCCGCUUCUCGGUAGAAAUCCUAUCGGGAGAGUUGCUUAGAAGGAGGAACCUCGCGGGAUAAGGCCCCCUUGGAUCGACGCUAUCACGCGUCCGCUCUCGAGCAGCUUCAGCUAAUUACAGUUAACACUUCAUAAACUGCAGAGCCCUGUUUUUAACGGGGAAAACGGCUUCGGCAAAUUUUCACAACGGCAUUCAUGUACAAUCCGUUCAGUUCACAUUUCUGGCAUUUACAAAUACCAUCCUGGCUUGUUUUUGCCUGAAAAAUACACACUUGAGAUGGGGGUCUGAUUUCCAGCAAGGAUAUGAUGGGUGAUUCUGUGUGGUUUGGAAACGUGGAGAACCUGUGCACACCCUCCACCCCCAGGCCUGUGGAUGGGACACAGCACGCCUCUUGUGGGAGAGAGCGCCUCUUGCAGGUCAGUGUCUAAAGUGCACUUACCCCCCCCCCCCCACCCUCCUCCCGGCCUCAUCACGCCUGGACUGGAUCGGGAGAGCAGAGCACAACCACGAACUUUGAACUUUGAAGCAAGGGAAUUUAUUGUACCGGCGCUUUUUUGCAGCUAAUGUCAGGUAUUCAACGAGGAGGUUUGUUUUAAAUAUUGCAAAGCCUACAAAGUCGAGACUGGCACCCUAAAAAGUAAGAUUUUAUAGUAUUGGAUUUGUAUGAUAAUUUAUCAUUUCUUUUAAUACCUUUCUAACUGACCAGGAUAGUGCUACAGGAUUUUGAGCAAAAUUAUAUUUGUAUUUCCUUUGUAAAGUUGAAAGUAUUAUAGUGUUCCUACUGAUGAAAAAGAAAAGACGUGUACAUAUCUUUAUUAUUUUUGUAUUUAUUUUCUCAGAAUGGAAAGCAUUUAGGGAUUUUCCCCUCUCCCCAGCCACAUGAAUAUUCUGAAACUGUUUUUGAGAUUGUGGAGUCAGUGAAGGGCAUGGCCUUAUUUUGCUCGUGGCUUUUAUUUUUGUGCUACCAAGUCGCUCUUCCCGAUACAACAUUGUAUUGAAAGCACUCUUCUUGGCCUCGAGUUCAGCCUGAAGAAUGUGUCUCCUUCCUUCGCUUCGGCUCUCUUGUCGCGGUACAGAAUCUUCCUGGGUGUGACGUCCCAAAGCUCCUCCCACUGCUCCAGCGGCUUCCUGCAGAUGCCACUCCCCGAGUGGGGGACCUUGUCCUCACAGUGGUCUCCUCGUCUAGGCCUGAGGUGUUCGUAUCCACAUGUGCUGUAUGCCUUAAACUAUGAAAAAAAUUUAAACUAAAUGCAAAUGGCAUUAGCAAUGCUAUUUGCGAUAGCAUUAGCCACCUGUGUUCAUCAGUGUUUUGCCAGUUGCCUACAUUCCCCUAGACAGGUUAGUGUCAUUCUGUGGAAAUUAAAGCCCAUUUUAAGUUAAAUGCCCAUUAAGGCAAUUUAAAAAAUAAAAUUUAUCUGAGCAGUGUGCAUGCCGCACCUGCUUAAUGAGACAUUGACAGAUGUACUGGAUGUGUAGACAUUGAUGGAUGAUGUUGUUAAAAUCCACUUGUGAGGCAAAGGGGCUGCAGUGUGACUCUGGGGCUGUGGAAAGGUGUCUUCCUUGGUGAUUAAUACCAAGCGCAUUGGGAUAUUCAACUCACGAUGACCCAGUGAGAAUACUCACUUGUAUGCACUUUUUUUCCUACAUCAGGAACCUUGUCUGAACUUUAUUAUGUAUAUUAGCAUUGAAGUAUAUAUAUGAAGUUAGACUUUCUGCUACUGGUAAAGCCAACAUCCCCCCCCAAACACACAGUGUUGUGUGUGUUGUUAACUCGCCGUGCUGUGCCGCAGAUCUUGUUGCUGUAUUUAUGUUCCAGUGACUGCAGUAGUGAAAACCCGAAUUGUAGCUGUAAUGUAACUCUUUAUUCUUCUGUGAACACUUCCUUGCUCUAGAGCUCUUACUUCUGGGUCCCUCCCCCUCUCCCAGCAUCCUUUGCCAGGAUUCAGGGGCUCAAAUUGGGGCUCAAAAGAAGAUUCUAGAACCUCCUAUUGACAGCUGAGCGGAACUGAGCUCUCCAUGUCCUCCUCCUCAGUCAGAUCUUAGUUUAUGCACAAUUGUCAGGGUGGAGGGCUUUUUGAAUCAAUCAGAAGACUUUGCUCUCCACAGCUGAACACUAUGACUGGUUCAAGUUUGUGAGUCACUGGUGACACAUGUCAGUUUGGCCCCUAUUGAGGUUCAUCAGACCUCACUCCUGUCACUUCUCUAUUGCAUUAUUGAAGUCAAGAAUCAUGUUUGUCUUAAGUGUAGGACUUGCAUGUGACCUGGCUCAAAGAGUUCAUGUGCUGAUGAUGGGACUUGCCCAUAAAAAAAAAAAAAUCAUCCCCAAAUGCCUGCCUUUAAAGUGACAUCUAUAAAAUGUGCAUCAGCUAUAAAAGUCUAACCUUCCAUUACAAGAGGGUUCUAAUCCUUCAGGGGAAUUCAAAGAGUUUUAACAGGAAAAACAUAAAAACAAAUGGCAUACAGUUCAGUUUUUCCUCUUUUCCAGUGGGUCACACCUGUUCUGUGGAUAUGUAAGAUGCUGUUUCCGGAUUUGAAAAAUGCAUAGUGCAUUGGUCUUAAGGCUGUCUGACUCCACUAUAUGUUAAUGGUGUACUUAGUGGAGGAUAAAGGGAUAUUUUCUCUUAGCUCUGAGUCUUUUAGUGGAAACAAGUACCCAUGAGGGCAGGCCUGCUCUAGAAGCCAGAAUUGAGUAAGAAGAUGUUUCCUGUGUGACUCUCAUAAUACCAUGUCAUUUUACAGUGGUUUUAGAAAGGUUUUGUGAAACCCAUAAUGGGUGAAGCUAUCAUAUACUGUGCAACACUGUUUUUUUAUUAACCAAUCAAAGCACUUUGCUCAUCACAGCAAAAUACGUAUUUGUUCAAAUCAGUGAAUGACAUACAUAUUUAUUAUUUAUUUGUUUGACAGAUUCUCAUAUAUAAAACAACUCACAAAGCCAGCCAUACUAGUGCAUAUAACAAGUCCUCUUAAUUAAGUAACAGUACAGAUCCAGAAAAUUCAUUUGAACUGCAUUGUUGAUGUGUACUAACAAUAAGUGUUGCAGUAACUACAGUAAAUUGUGGUAGCUCCAUCCAUUUUGCAAAGCUUCAUUUUCCCACCGCUGAAAGUGGAAGAGGCUUUUUGUAAUUUGACCCUGAGAUGUCUUUGCUUCUGUUUUCCUUUAUUAAUGACUACUGCUGCAUUUAUCAGCAGUGUUUCAAAUGCAAUGGUUGUGUGGCUGCUGCUGUCCUUGGAAUUAUUCAGGUAAAUGUCACGUGACUGUGAGUUUGGGAUUCCCUGUGUUUUUAUCCUGGAUAACCUUUCACUCGUGCUUCUGAUACACAAGAUCCCAAAUUAGUAAACCCAAUAUCAGCAUCUGUGGCCUGUUCAUUCAGCUUUCUUGCUUGGCUGUCAUUCACCAUUGGAUGGUGAUAGGCUAUGGGCAGAGUUUGGACGUACUAGUGUCCGAACCAGACUCAGCCAUUAGGAAACUGUGUGGCUGGAAUUGCCUUAUUUUUGUAUCCACUGUAAAUACAACUGAUCUUACUUCUAUAUAAACUCUUAUAAAGAAUUUAUAUAGAAUUACCUGGAAAUUUCCCUUCCUUAUCAGAGUGUUGUGUGAAAAAUUAUGAUUUUUACAAUUUUUUUUUUACGUUGUCUCUUGUCUAGGCUCGUGGCAUUUUCAACAAAGAGAAGAAAAUGAUAUUUUUCAGGUGUGACCUGGUUUUGGAAUUUGCAAAUUGUUACAUGGCUUUGUACCUGCCAUAUUAUUUGUUUCCUAGUUGAAAUUUCAGGGGUUUUUAUUUUAUUUUAUUUUAUUUUUGGUAGAAUGAAGAAAGCCCUCUCUGAGAAACAAUGCUGUAGUAAUCUUCCCUCUUCAUCAGCUUGUGUGUAGGAAUGGGUAUGCCCGCCUCCCAGAUGCAUCUGCUUCUCGACAGCAUGGUGACCCAGGCCCUUCCACCUCAGGAGACAGACAUGAGAGCUUUACUCGGGAUGGGAGUACCUGUUUGAAAUUAUGAUUCUAUUUUUUGGGUGUGGGGAGGGUUGGGGGGGGAUUAGGGAAACAACAUGAUGAAAGGAAGGAGAGGAGGAAAUGAGCGUUGGAAGGACACUGGCACAAAUGCCCACCCACUCUAGAGCUUCCCGAGGGGGUGCUGGGAGGGGGCG